CCUGCGGCAGCCUGCGCGGGGGGGCCUGCGCUGUGGGGGCGAGGCCGAGGAGGCCGCCCGGCCUUAGGCUGCUCUUCGGUCACCCCGCCCGGGGCCAUAGGCGGGGAAGGGCGCUGUCGCCUGCUCUGCUCGUGCUGCGUUCGCCUGGGGCGUCUUCCUCUGGCACCUGGUGUAUAAAUGGCUGAUAACGCGGGGGUUGCAGCCUCUGGCGGCGAGUUAAAUUUGCGUCGCAUGGGAGAGCCCUGUCGGCAGGUGUGCGGGCCAGGCAGUGCCUUCGGUGUGCUCGGCCGGGUGGCCAGUUACGGCUUUAAGGAUGAGAAAGAGUACUUGGGACACCAAGGGUUGUUCAUGCGUGGGAGAUGGGAAGGUUGCAUUGUAUUUCCUCAUGGAGACGAAAUUUCUAGCAUUGGUGAUGAAAAGAGAGGGCACAGUCAGCAAAGAGUUUACUGGAGAUUAUGAGUGGAGCAAGGUGUGCAGGCGGUGGUGGCCGUGCAUCCUCAGCAGUGGUGGCUGUGCACCAUCGGGAGCCGUGUGGGCUGCGCUUAUGUUGUAGGAUGUGAAAGUAGACGUGGUGUGAGGGAAACAUGUAGAAAUCAUGACCCUGCUGGAUGUGGGGUAGGAGAGCUAAUACUGUCCAGGCAUGAGAAAUAAAUGUGACAGAAUGACACAGGAUGUGAAUGGUGUGAUGGACUGUAAAGUAACAGGAAGAGAUUGUGUGAAUAAAAAACCCCUGAAGCAUAUCGUUGCUUAGAGAAAGCAAAAUUUGAAGAGCUUUUGAUGGUGUCUGCUGUAGACCACAAGAGUUGUAUUUGGAUAAGGAUAUUGCUUACUUAGAGGUACUCUCAGGGAUUAUGUCACAGGUGGAUUUCUUUCUUAGAUACAGGUAACAGCAUCAUUUGGGAAGGGCAUAAAGAGAUUGAGUUCUUACAUACAACUGCUGUAAGCUUGCCAAGUAAGCACUGAAUUGCUUCAGACUUGUUUUCAGUCGAUACUGUGAAAAAUUCUGAGGAGAGCCGGUUUAUUCGUCAGCUUGUGAUCUUGGAUCUCAUUUUUAAUUAGAUUAAAUAAAUAGGAAUAAAUUAGAGGACUAAACAGAGACAGGUUUGAAAUUCCCAGUUUUAGAAGGGUUAACUUUGAAAAAUCAAGAGGAUUAAUCAGCGAUGUUAGUUGUACUGGAGUCCUGAGGGCCUUGGAAGCAGAGAAGGUAUGAAGCUGUUUUAUGCCAAAGGUAGAAUCUAUUUGGAAUUUAUAUCAAAAAAAAUGAGAAAGGUCUUUUGAAAAGAACUUUUACCCAUCUCAAAAAGGAUUCUGGGAAUAAAGACUAGGAAAAGGAUGGGUAAGCAAAGAAAAAUAUGAGAGAAAAUGCAGCUGUAAACCAAAAAUUGACAAAAAACAUUUCUGGGUUAGUUAUAGGCAGCUGUUUUUUAAAGCUUCUUUAAUCAUGUAAGUGAAAACAAGAAUAGUGGUAAGACCACUGAGUGGUAAAGCUGAGGUAAAAUAACCGUGAUGCAUAUGGUCUGUUGCAGUUUGGUGGAAGCUACUGCAGCAGGUAGAUUUAAUACUAGAUGCUUAAACUUGCACCACAAAGAAUAACAUUUUGUCUCUUAAUUAAUUUUUAAGAAUUGGGAAACCUCUAUGUGUUAUGUCUAAUCCAAUGGUCUUGCCACUUAACAUUGGUCAGUUCCAGUAUCGGAAGGCUGUUAAAUACAUACCCAAAUGGGCAGUUGUGCAGUCAUUUAGUCACAGAGGAAAUGGGUGAACUUUUCUUUCAUAUACACAUUCUAUUUGCUGUUGUAGUUCUCUCUUCUGUAUCUUUCUAUGCAGACAGCUAUAACUAUAAAAAUUUAAACUAUCAGAAUUCUCAGCUCCAGGUAUGUAAUACCUGUUAUGUGUGUAUAUCUUCAUAUUAGGUAUGCGUUUAUGUAUAUGCAUUUGAUGUAUAUACGUAGGUGAAUUCUGACUUUGCGUCAGGGAAAGAUUGCACCAUCCUCCACCUGCCCAGGUGCUGCAUUUUGGGUUCAUGGUAAGUGCUCUCGCAAGUGCCCAGUGUUCUAGGGAAGCAUAAACUACAGCCAGAUUCAUGCUGGAACCAUGCUAGACGUUGUCUUGAAAAAACUCUUCUCUUGGUGACCCAACGUGUAGCCCUUUUAGCUGUAGGCAGGAGCCCUUAUCAUGGACAAAGGCCCCAAUGUGCAGAAAGACCAUGCUAAAUGGAAGCAGGCAAGGAAUGUAGAAAAGAAAGCCAUGUGGUUUAGUAAUGUCUGGGGGGGUUAUUAGGAUUUAGAAUGUUUUAGAGGUUACAUUUUAUAAAUUAAAGCUUUUAGUCUAAAUGAGGCUACAAUGACCUUCCUUGGACAUCUAAGACAGUGUUAGAAGUGUAGAACCUUGAAUAUUUCUUCUUUAACAGCUAGAGCAGAUUGUGAGGUCAAAGAUCCAUCAGCUAGACAGCUCAGUGUUUGGCUGGAUCGGGUAACUGCAGACUGCUAACAAUUUAGGCUAGGUGAGAUCCCUUGAGAGGGGGCUUAACAAAAUGCGUGCAUUCUCAUGCUGUUUUUCUCUUAAAUGCAAUAUAGUAACUAUGAUUACAUGGUAACAGAAGGGGUCUUUCCAGACAUGCUCUUCCUGUGGCAUUGAACUGAUGUCCAGUCAGGCUCCCAAAUGCGGGUGCAAUGACACCUAAUAUGCAAAGCUUGUACAUGGUUUAUCCUGAACAAUUUCAUGGCCUGUUAGUGUUUCUUAAAUUCUUAAAGCUUUAAUAUUUUCUGUACUAAGAUUCUUUAAGUUUAUACAAAUGUAAUAGUUAUUACUUUCACAUAUUUAUUGCAUUAUUUUGAAUUAUUUUGCUCUGUUACAUUAACACUUUUUAAAAGUUCUUCUAAAAGGAAAUCUUUGGAAUACUUUUAUUUCCCUAAAGCUGAUUCCUUGAACUCUCAUGUCAGAAGGUCAAAAUGAAGAACAAGUACAAGUUUCAAUUCUGCCAAAUCAUUUAUAUGAAGUAAACUACUAAUUAUGUGAAAAUGACUCCAGCGGCCUCCUAUAAUGCUUUUCAGCAUUGAAGGUAGUUCUUGCAUUGUUGCCAUGAUCCGAAACACUUGAUUGCCUUCAAAAGGUCUGCAAUUUCUUGGUAAUGGAAAAUGCUGCAUCAAUGGAAGAAUGAAUGACAAGAGCUGAAUUCUGUCAAUUUAUUUUCAGCACUGGAUGGAAUAGUGACAUUUCACUGUACAAGAAGAAGGAAGAUAAUUAUGAAAAUAGUCUUCCUAGAAAGGGAGUGUGACCUGUUCAAUAGGGGGACACAAGCACAAAUCCAUAUGGAGGAUGAAUCUCCUCCUCCUCAAGGAGUCGGUGUUAAGGUCUUGGAGGCAACAUUAUUGUCAGCCCUGAAGAUGCUGGAUGUUGGGAAAUGGCCCAUUUUUUCUCUCUGUUCCCAAGAAGAGCUCAAGUUAAUUCGUCAAGCCUGUGUGUUUGGCAAUGCUGGUAAUGAAGUGUUGUAUGCAACUGAAAAUGAUGAGGUUUUUGUGCUUGGCAUGAACUGCAGUGGGUGUUUGGGAACAGGUGACAUGCAGAGCACUAUUGAACCAAGGAGGUUAGAUACUCUGUGUGGCAAAAAGAUAGCCUGUCUGAGUUAUGGAAGUGGCCCACAUGUUGUUCUUGCUACAGAAGAAGGAGAAGUGUAUACGUGGGGUCAUAAUGCUUAUAGUCAGCUGGGCAAUGGCACAACAAAUCAUGGUUUCAUCCCCUGUCAAGUCUCUACUAACCUGGUGAACAAGAAAGUCAUUGAAGUUGCCUGUGGCUCUCAUCAUUCUAUGGUGUUAACAUCUGAUGGAGAGGUAUACACAUGGGGUUAUAAUAACUCAGGGCAAGUUGGAUCUGGUUCAACAGCUAAUCAACCAAUUCCUCGAAGAGUUACCAACUGUCUACAAAAUAAAAUAGUAGUUAAUAUAGCUUGUGGACAGAUGUGCUCUAUGGCUGUGGUGGAAAAUGGAGAGGUCUAUGUUUGGGGUUACAAUGGCAAUGGCCAGCUUGGGCUGGGCAGCAGUGGCAAUCAGCCAACACCAUGCCGAAUAGCAGCUUUGCAAGGCAUUCGUGUACAGCGGGUUGCCUGUGGCUAUGCACAUACAUUAGUGCUAACAGAUGAAGGUCAGAUAUAUGCCUGGGGAGCCAAUUCAUAUGGCCAGUUAGGUACUGGGAAUAAAAGUAACCAGUCUUAUCCUACAACAGUUAUGGUGGAUAAGGACAGAGUUACAGAGAUUGCGGCCUGCCACUCUGCUCACACGUCAGCUGCCAAGACCCAGAGCGGCCAGGUGUACAUGUGGGGCCAAUGCCGUGGGCAGUCAGUGAUCCUUCCCCACCUCACUCACUUUGCCUGCACUGAUGAUGUGUUUGCUUGCUUUGCUACUCCUGCAGUUAUGUGGCGUCUGCUGUCAGUAGAGCCUGAUGACCAUCUAACAGUAGCCCAGUCAUUAAAGAAGGAAUUUGACAACCCUGAAACUGCAGACCUGAAGGUUCUAGUGGAUGGAAAAUACAUUCAUGUUCAUAAAGUUCUUCUCAAAAUUAGGUGUGAACGUUUUCGUUCCAUAUUGAAUAAUGAUGAUGAAAUUAUAGAAAUGAGUGAAUUUUCUUAUCCUGUUUACCGAGCCUUCCUGGAAUACCUGUAUACAGACAACAUUAGGCUGCCUCCUGAAGAUGCAAUAGGACUGCUGGAUUUGGCAACACUGUAUAGAGAAAACAGGUUGAAAAAGCUUUGCCAGCAAACGAUCAAACAAGGCAUUUGUGAAGAGAAUGCCAUUGCUCUUCUUUCCGCCGCUGUCAAGUAUGAAGCUCAGGACUUGGAAGAAUUCUGCUUCAGAUUUUGUAUAAACCAUUUAACUGUUGUCACACAAACUCAAGGCUUUGCAGAAAUGGACCAUGACCUCCUGAAAAACUUCAUUAGCAAAGCAAGCAGAGUGGGAGCAUUCAGAAACUGAAGUCUGACUACCACCAAGCUGCAGAGCAUGUCCUCUUCCGUCCUAGAAAUACUUGUCCUUUGGAGAGCUUAUCCAUGGUCAGAAUGUGCAAAGGUUUGGAAAGACAGACUGUGUCCAUCAGCUUAGGAAAUGCGUAAAAGUCCACUAACAUAUAGGUUCUGUAAGGAUGGCUACAGCAUAGGUGUACGGUGGGAGUUCAUUGCCAACAGUCAGAAUUUAACAGCAGGAGUCUAAUGCAGUAACAAGACUUUUGCACUUGGUCAAGUAAUCUAAGCUAUCAUUAUCUUCUCUGUCUGUUUUGAAGCUUUUGGGUUUUUUCUUUUUUUUUU